AUGGUUAACACAAACUCAAAUUCAACAAACGCCACAAACUCAAGUUCAAACACGAAACAAACUCAAGUUCAAAAACCACACAAACUCAAGUUCAAAAAACACUCAAACUCAAUUCAAACACGACACAAACUCAAGUUCAAAAACCACACAAACUCAAGUUCAAAAAACACUCAAACUCAAGUUCAAACACGACACAAACUCAAGUUCAACAAAAACCACAAACUCAAGUUCAAACACACACAAACUCAAGUUCAACAAACGCCACAAACUAAAGUUCAAACACAACACAAACUCAAGUUCAACAAACACACUAAAUCAAGUUCAAAAACACCACAAUCUCAAGUUCAAACACGAAACAAACUCAAGUUCAACAAACACAAAAACUCAAGGUCAAAAACACCACAACCUCAAGUUCAAAAACAAUAG